AUCUCAUGAACUACGACAGUGUCCCUCCUCCAGGUACCAGAUGACUCGAGUUGGGUCCUAAAAUAGCUGAUUGUUUUUGCCUAAAGACUCUAAGCGACAAGAAACAUGUCGACAUCAUUGUUUCACUUGAUUGCCGUCCUUGUGGCUGUCCACAUGAUUCACUGCCAAACAGUUUGCAACCCCCACGCUUCACUUCAAUGGCACCUCAAGCAACGCACGGUCCAGGUGGACUGGACUCUCAAAGGACACAUCUGUAGAAACGCGUCUGAGUGUUGGGGGUCUCCUGGUAGAGACGGAGUGAGCGGUGAGCUCCUCGGCUUUCCGCAGAUAUGUCCACUUCAUCUGCAACAUGGAGACAACCUGCUGAUGUCUGCUGAUGAAUCACUGAAGUCAUACGGCAUCAGACUCCUCAAUGUGUCAAAACGCAAUUUUGAAAGCUGCUCCACAGAUGGACUGAUGACAGAUCAGUCCCUUUUCCACCACAAUAUAAAUGAAAAUGUGCAAGUUGAGUCGAAGUGGCUUGUCCCCGGUCAUCAUUACUUCAUCGCUCUGCAUGAGGGAGAUACGCAGCUGUGCAAGUUUGGCUUGAGGCUCAAUGUAUCUGUGAAAAUGCAGCUUUGUCAGGAUUCUCCUCUGCUUCGACUUUGUUCGGGGAACGGCAUUUGUCAAACGCACCUCUGGGAAGGUGCGUAUUACUGUCAAUGCCACCGCCACUACUCCGGGAGGUUUUGUGAAAAGUUUGACGCUUGCUUGGACAAGCCCUGUAAAAACAAAGGAGUCUGUUUGAGCAACGGAUCCACACAUCCACACCAGAGGACAUAUAAAUGCCUCUGUCCUCCACAUUUUACAGGGGUGAACUGCUCAGAAAUUGUUGGGAAAGACAACUGUGACAGAAUUUGUGAAAAUGGGACAUGCGUUCGAGAGUCGUCUGCAUCCUUCAAAUGCGUCUGUGACACAGGAGUCUCUGGGCCACCCUGUGAGAAGAAGAAAGCCACCUGUCAGCCGAACCCCUGCAGAAACGGUGGCCUGUGUGAGGACGGUCCUGAAGGAUUUGUUUGUCAUUGUCCAGAAAGCUUCGGGGGCCUCGACUGCGAUUCCAGAGUCGACUUCGAUUGCAUGUUGUAUGCGUGUCGGGAGGACCGACGCUGCACUGCUGCGGAGCGCGACUCCGAAUGUGUCUGUGCAGAUGGUAAUGUGGUCCCAGCAUGCAAGAGGCAGCAGCAGAACCUGUGCAGCCCAUCACCGUGUCUCAACAAUGCCACCUGCGUAUCCAGGGGAAAUGAUUAUUUCUGCAGAUGCCUGAGAGGAUUUUCUGGGAAGAAUUGUGAAGAAAUAAUUGACUACUGCGGGCUGCUCAAUAUCAACUGCCUGAAUGAGGGAUUGUGUUUGAGUGUAAUUGGCGGAUAUCAAUGUGUUUGUGCCCUAGGAUGGAUUGGGGAGUUUUGUCAGUAUGUAGGCAAUGCCUGUCUGAUGGAACCCAACAGCUGUUUGAAUGGAGCCACAUGCAUCACAACAAGUCAGCCAUCAUCUCCCCCACAGUACACCUGCAAAUGCCCCCUUGGCUUCACAGGAACAAUGUGCGAGACUGAGAUCAACGAGUGCGACUCCAGCCCCUGUCGGCACAACGGCACAUGCACUGACUUGUUAGGAGACUACAAAUGCCAGUGUCCAACAGGUUUUCUUGGAAUGAAUUGUGACGUUGACAUCGAUGCGUGUGUUCUCCCCAACAACACAUGCCCACUCAAGACACAGUGUGUGGAUGUCCCAUAUGGUCUUGAAUACACCUGCCGUGUGCCCUGCCCUCAGAACUUUCAACCCUGUGCCAAUGGAGGACACUGUGUCUUGAAUAAGGCCAGUAGCUACAGCUGUAUCUGUGAGCCUGGUUGGUCCGGCCACAACUGUCACAUAAAUGUCAAUGACUGUGUUCAACAUUGGUGUCAAAAUGGAGCCACUUGUGUGGAUGAGAUUGACGGUUACAGCUGCCUUUGUCCCACGGGAUACAAGGGCGUUUUCUGCGAAGAGGACAUUGAUUACUGCAUUGGUCACCGUUGCUCCCGACAUGGCGUUUGCCUGGACCAGCAGUAUAACUUCACCUGCCGUUGCAUGCUUGGAUUUGAAGGGUCACUCUGUGAACUGGAAACAAAUGAGUGUAACGGCUUCCCCUGUGAGAAUGGUGCCACCUGUGUGGAUCUAAUCAGUGAUUAUCAGUGCCACUGUCCUUCAGGGUUUGAGGGAAGGAGCUGUUCUGAGAGUGUAAAUGAUUGUUGGUCGCAGCCUUGUCUAAAUGGAGGCUCGUGUAUGGAUCUGAUAAAUGACUACAUUUGUCACUGUCCCUUUGGGUUCAAGGGGAAAGAUUGCUCCGUGGAUAUUGACCUUUGCUCAUUUGGAGCCUGCAGUGAACAUACAUUAUCAUGCACUGAGACCAGUGAUGGACAGGAUGUCUCUUGCACAUGUGAAAGAGGGUUUGGAGGAUCAUUUUGUGAAGUAGAUCUCAAUGAAUGUGAGUCAAACCCAUGCCAGAAUGGUGGCAUUUGUGUGGACGGCCCUGACCUGUAUCAGUGCCUCUGCUCAGCUGGGUUUGGAGGGUCGCACUGUGAAAUCAACUAUGAUGAAUGUGUCCAUGGAUAUUGCGCCAAUAAUUCCACAUGUAUUGACCUGAUUGCAGACUAUGAGUGUCUCUGUCCUCUGGGUUUUACUGGCAAGAAUUGCUCCGUCAUUGUCUCUGGAACGUGUGCGUCGGCUGUUGACGUCUGCCAAAAUGGAGGAUCCUGCUCUCCCACCGCCGCUGGAGAAUCGCUGUGUAUAUGUCGUCCAGGUUUAACAGGCCAGUUUUGUGAGAUAAACAUUGAUGAUUGUGAAGAACGGCCCUGUGGAGUCCUGAGUGUUUGUGAGGACACCCUGAAUGGCUACAAUUGCUUCUGUGCACCCGGAUUUAUUGGACGUAACUGUGAGAUCGAAGUGAACGAGUGUCUCAGCCAACCUUGCCAAAAUGAAGGCUCCUGCAUCGACGAGCUGAACUCGUUCCACUGCCAGUGUCCUCUCGGAGUCGCAGGCGACUACUGUGAAGUCAACCUAGAUGAGUGUUUCUCCUCUCCCUGCCUGCACAAUGCCACAUGUGUUGACCUUCUUCAUGGUUAUGAAUGUGCCUGUAUGCCUGGCUUCACAGGUUUAUGGUGUGAACUUGACAUUGACGAGUGUGCUUCAUCUCCCUGCAAGAACGGCGCCUCUUGCUUUGACCAGCCGGGUAAUUACAUCUGCCAGUGUGUGCUUCCAUUUAAAGGACAUAAUUGUGAGUUCUUACCCUGUGAGGCCAGUAAUCCCUGCGAGAAUGGUGCAGUGUGUGUGGAGGAGCUGGAUCAGGACCGCUUCCCUUUAGGUUUCCGCUGCCGCUGUCAUCGGGGCUUCGCCGGCCCCCGCUGUGAAGUCAAUGUGGAUGAGUGCAGCUCUAGCCCCUGUUUUCACGGCUUCUGCUACGAUGUUGUAGAUGGCUUUUACUGCCUUUGCAGUCCUGGGUAUGCUGGGCAGAGAUGUGAGCAAGACAUAGACGACUGUGUGAACAGUUUGUGCAGCACCAACUCUGUCUGCAAGGACCUCCAUCUGAGCUAUGAGUGUGUGUGCCACUCGGGCUGGGAGGGAGAGUUCUGCCAACAAGAAAUUGAUGAAUGUUUAUCACAGCCCUGCAAAAACAACGCCACCUGCACAGACCUUCUCAACAGCUACAAGUGUUUGUGCUCACGAGGCUGGACAGGUGUGGACUGUACAGAGGAUGUGAAUGAGUGUGAUUCUGCUCCUUGUCUAAAUGGAGCUCAAUGUCAAGAGUCAGACAUGCCUGGGGGGUUUUCCUGCACCUGUCCCCCCUUCUUCAGUGGCCCCUUGUGCAGCCAGCCUUAUGACCCCUGUGACCUCCUUCACAAUCCGUGCCUGCACAACUCCACCUGCCUGACACGCUUCAAUGGAACAGCCUCCUGCAGAUGUCCAGCUGGAUUUGAAGGAAGUUGGUGUGAAAUUGACACCAAUGAAUGUAGCUCAAAUCCAUGCCAAAACCAGGGUGACUGCGUGGACCAGGUCAAUAGUUACAGUUGUGACUGUAAGCUGGGAUUUUCUGGCCUCCAUUGCGAUGAAGACAUUAAUGAAUGUCUCUCUAGCCCGUGCCACGACAUAGGCAGGUGUCAGGACCUUGUUAAUGGAUUCCGUUGCGUUUGCCCUCCUGGUUAUUUUGGCACGCUCUGUGACCUGGAUGUGAACGAGUGUGAAGUCUCACCUUGCCUACACGAGGGCAUCUGUAUCAACACACCCGGAGGCUUCAAGUGUGUGUGUCGCUCUGGAUACUCAGGGGCACGAUGUGAAGUGAACAUAGACGAGUGUAUUUCAAACCCGUGCCAAAAUAGCGGGCGAUGUAUUGACGCGCCCAAUCGAUACCACUGCUUGUGUCCUGAAGGCUUCGUGGGGCUCCACUGUGAGACAAACGUUGACGAGUGCAUGUCGGCUCCCUGUCUCUAUGGAAGCUGCAAGGACAGGAUUUAUUCCUACUCCUGUCUCUGUGAAUCUGGAUGGACUGGCACCAGGUGUGAAUCAAACAUUGACGACUGUGCUGCCAGUCCCUGUCUGAAUGGAGGCUCAUGUGUGGAUCUCAUUGAUAAAUAUGCAUGCUUCUGUCAGGAUGGUUACACAGGAAAGACCUGUGAGAACGACGUAAACAUCUGCACGGAGGCUGCUUUUAAUGUCUCGUUGUGUUUCAACGGAGCCACUUGCAUUGACGGUGAAGGAGCCAACUUUACAUGCAGCUGUCCACCAGGUUUCAUGGGGGAGUUCUGUGAAGUGGAUGUUAACGAAUGUUGCUCGGCUCCCUGCCACAACGGAGCCAUUUGCCAAGAUCUUAUUAAUAGCUUCAUCUGCCACUGCAGGUCAGGUUGGACAGGCCUUCACUGUGAGGAUGACAUUAAUGAGUGCCUUCCACAGCCCUGCAACCAGGGGAUAUGCAUGCAGAAUGAUCCAGGCUAUGGCUACACCUGUUUCUGUCGUCCUGGAUUUGUGGGGAAGAACUGUGAGCAAAACUAUGACGAUUGCCUGUCAAAUCCGUGUCCAGAAGCAUUUUCCUGUGUAGAUGGCAUCAACAAGGUCAGUUGCCUGCCUCCUGUUACGGAUGCUGUUCCCUUGGCGAUGGUAGUCAAGAACAUCACUCGUGGCUCCACACUUAAAGUGCCAAAACUAACACUCAGCCCAACACCAACAGCUGAGCAAACCACAGAGUCAAGCUAUGUUCACUUCUUUGGGAAUUCAUACCUUGAGUUUGAGGGGUUUGACCUCAGCACAACCAACAACAUAGCUGUGAGAUUCCACACCCAUGCGGCCCAGGGAACUAUAUUCUAUGUGGACCGAGGACCUGCUAACGUUGAUUUCUUCAUGAAACUCUUCAUCUCAGAUGGCAUCUUACAGUAUGCCUUCUGCUGUAAUGAGGAGGAAGAGGCAACAAGGAUCAGCACAUUAACUCGUGUUGAUGAUGGCAUAGUUCACCUUGUUCAUAUCAGACAACACCUGACCCCCUGUGAGGCAGAGCUUACUCUUUCUGGCCACAAGAAAAUCACAAGUACGGCAAAUAAUUACUGGCUGGGACACACAACACGAGGCACAAACCGUGUCUUUGCAGGUGGUCUGCCGCAACACUAUCAAUUCCAUCAGAAAGCGAAACCUUUCCAUAACUACACUGGCUGCAUGGAGAUAAUUGAAGUCAACACAAUGAGGAGCUUUCACGCGUCUGAUGCCAUCACCGGCAGCAACAUUGAACAAUGCAGAUAUACUUUAUACGGCACUGAAGCGUCUGCAACAAUAUCCACAACUUUGACAACUCAAUCAACCACCACUGACGGAGUGAACACAACAACAGUGGCAGCUCCCACACAAACACCAAGACAUCCUCUGCACGGAGCUCAGGUUUGCCGUGACGGUUUCUGUCGCAACGGAGGGACAUGUCACCAGCCGCAGUUUCCUGGUGGAGCUCUGCCUUCUUGUCACUGCCCGCUUCACUUUACUGGAUUUUUUUGUGAGAAGGAUGCCACAGUAUACAUCCCAUCGUUUGAUGGCACGUCUUAUUUGGAGCUGCAGCCUCUUGCCUUCCUUCUCCAGACGUCUGUGGCUGCAACUGCCAAUGACACCAAUGUUUCUCUCAGUCUGACAGUGAAGACAAGAUCUGCACAGGGCACCCUUCUCUACACUCAGGAGCAGAACUUGGGGGAUCGUUUCCUUCAUGUUUUCCUUCAAGACGGAACUCCGAUGGCUGAGCUUGGAUGUGGUGGCAGUCGCGUUUUGAAUGUAGCUGCAAGCCAGAGCAUCAACAUGAACAGAUGGACGCCAAUCUCAGUCCGAUACAAUCUUCCUGUUGGCAGACAUGGAGGCUCAUGUAUGAUUGAAAUAGCUGCAGACAAUGGCACAGCUGAGCAUCUCGAGGAGUAUGUGCCACAUCCCAUGUCAGAGGAAACCUUUGGGCCCAUAUUUCUCGGCGAUGUUUCGUCCCACUGGGACACGCGUGACAGGGGUGCGAAGGGAGCGAGGAGAUUCAUUGGCUGCAUCGGGGAGCUUCGGGUCAACUCAAAGGAGAUUUACCUAGUGGGCGAGGGAGCGAGAGGAGGAAACAUCGAGAACUGUGACCCGCCUGUCUGCCAACACCUUCCCUGUCGUAAUGGAGGAACUUGUGUCAGUGACGCCGAGGACUGGUUCUGCGAGUGCCCCCCGCUCUACACGGGCCGGCUGUGCCAGUUCAAUGCCUGCGAGCACAACCCCUGCGGUCAUGGAGCCACAUGUAUCCCAAAGUCACCGUUGGAGGUCGUGUGUCUCUGCCCUUACGGAAGACAAGGUCUACUGUGUGAUGAACCCAUCAAUAUAACUCGCGCCAGAUUCAGUGGAAGUGACGAGUUUGGAUACACCUCCUUUGUGGCUUAUUCCUCCAUCCCGAGCCUCACUUUCUUCUACGAGUUCAGACUGAGGUUCAUGCUCGCCAACAAUUCAUCCGCUGUGAAAGACAACCUGAUCCUGUUCGCCGGGCAUAAAGGACGAGGAAGUGACGGUGAUGACUUCUUUGCUUUGGGACUGAAAAAUGGCCGAGUUAUUCAUAGAUUUAACCUCGGAUCAGGUGUGGCGACCAUAGUCAGUAAUCCGGUGAACCACCACGUCAGCGUUCACACCGUCACAUUCGGGAGGUCCAAGAAAACAGGAUGGCUGAAGGUUAACGGUCAACGUAACAGGACGGGGUCGUCGCCUGGACCCCUGGUGGGCCUCAAUGUUUUCAACCAGCUCUUUGUAGGUGGAUAUAAUGAGUACACCCCUGAACUGUUGCCGCUUGGCUCCAGGUUCCAUCAGGGCUUUCAGGGGUGCAUUUCUGAUGUGCAGUUUCGCACAAGGAAGGACAGACCGUUCAAAGCACUGGGACAGCCUGCGGGACACCCGGCCUUUGGACGCAGUGUGGGUCAGUGUGGCGUCACGCCGUGUGUUCAUAUUCACUGCGGGAACGGAGGGACAUGUGUUGACUCCGGCGCAUCGGUGUAUUGCCAGUGCCCAUUUGGAUGGAAGGGAGCUCUGUGUUCAGAGACCGUGUCUGUGUGUGAUGUCGAGCACAGUCCCCCUCCUUUGUGUGCCCGCGGCUCCACCUGCAUCCCUCUCCCAAAUGGAUACACCUGCCAGUGUCCCCUGGGGACUGUGGGGCCUUACUGCGAGAAAGCUGUGACCAUCAGUGAUCCAUUCUUCAACGGCAACUUGUCGUCGUGGAUGUCAUUCCCACCUCAGACUAUCAGAUACAGGAGUGUUGUGCAGCUGCAGUUCCAGCCUUUGUCACCCGAUGGCAUCCUUGUCUACACUGCGCAGCACCUCGGUGGCCAAGCUGGAGACUUUCUCUGCCUUUUCCUGAAAUCUGGGUUUGUCCAGCUUAGAUAUGAUCUGGGGGACGGCACUCACAUUCUGCAGUCUGCUGACAAAGUGGACUUGCAUGGAAGUACCUGGCACACGGUGAUAGCGGGCCGAAUCGGUCGCCGGGGCUUUCUCAGUCUGGAUGGUAAGGAGGUGAGAGAGAACGUGACUGAAGGGAUGACCUCUCUCGAUGUUGCCACAGACAUCUUUGUCGGGGGCGUGUCCACCCUGAGUUUCGUCUCCACUGAUGCAACUGCAGGAGAAGCAGUGGGCUUCACUGGUGGCGUAAGAGAACUUGUAAUCAACGACCAGGAGCUUGAGUUAACAGAGAGGGGGGCAGUUAGUGGAGCAAACGUAAGGGACUGGGAUGGGACAGCUUGUGGGUACAAGGUGUGCCAAAAUGGGGGUCAGUGCAGGGCAACAGGAAGUCACUUAUUCACAUGUGACUGCCCACUGUCAUGGACUGGCUCUGUGUGUAACCAAUCUGUAAGCUGUGCAAACAACAUCUGCAAACAUGGCUCCUUGUGUGUUCCAUCUAAUGUAACCUCAUACCACUGCAUCUGCCCCUUAGGAAGAGGAGGGAGGUACUGCGAUGCACAAACGUCCACAGACACUCUCAAGUUUGUCGGGAACUCGUAUGUUAAAUACUUUGACUCGAGGUAUAACACAAGAAACCUGAAAAACGCACAGGUUUCUUUCAGCUUCAGCACAAACUCAAAUGACGGUCUGAUCGUGUGGAUGGGAAAGGCCGAACACGAAGACGACGACUACCUCGCAGUUGGACUCGAGAGUGGUCUCCUAAAAAUGACCGUGAAUCUCGGAGAGAGACUCUCCCUCCCGUUAAUAUUCAGAAAUCUUACGCUGUGCUGCAAUCGAUGGCACAACGUAUCCGUGUCUUUAAACAGCACCGUUAUUCAGGUGUUCCUGAACAGUAGGAGAAUUCUUUAUGAAGACGUGGACCCAUUUGAGCGUUAUGUGGCCUUAAACUACAGGGGUCAUCUUUACUUCGGAGGGUUUGAACUACACAGAAAUGUGUCCGUUAUCACCUCUGGAUUGUUUUCAAAAGGCUUUGAAGGGAAUCUUAGGAAUAUAUAUUUGUUUGAAGAUACCCAGCCUUUGAAAUUUCUCAAUAGUAGCGAGGGUUUUAAUGUCUAUGGGGACAGUUUGUAGUAGUGUGAAUGAACUCCUUGUAGUCUUAACCUUGCUGUUAUUUGUUCACCCUAUUACCAACUUUUAGAUUAUUAUAUUACUUGAAUGUAAACAGGCCCCUGUAAUUAGUGUUUUUUUGUUUUUUGCCGUGGAUAAAAAGACAUACAAGUUUUUAUAAUCA